GAGAGAGACCUCAUUUCUAGUUUCCGAGAGAGCAGGAAGCUACUUAAAGGAAUCAGGCACCCGUUUCUCUUUCUCUCUCUCUCACCCAAUUUUGCCCAGAGAAUCGAACUGUGUCUGAUUUUAAGGUAGCAUAAAAUAUGGCAAUAAAACCAACAGUUGCCUUGAGAGCUAUACUUGUGGGAGGAAUAGCAGCAUUUGCAAAAGUAGCCACUGCAAUGAAGGCUGCAGGUGGUGCCAAGGUAGGUGUAGCCGCAGCUGCCAUGUCGGCAGCAGCAAGUGCUGCUUUGUCAUCAAAACAAGAAUCAAAGGAUGACUCCAAGCAGCCUUCAAAAUGAGUUGAUGUAGAUGUAACCUGUAAUUUCUGUAGCAUAGUGUUGGCUUCCCCUCUGUGUUUGUUGGGACAUGGGAGCAAAUUUGCUACAUUUGAGUUGUAAGCUUGAAUACAAGACACAAGACCGAUGUAAUUUUGAAUGUACGACAAUGCUGAAACACUUGAAAUAAAAUAAGUGCCUUUUUUUUGUCUGAACUGUGA